UGCCGAGCUCCCGUACUUUGGGACUGGUUCCUGCUAUCACGAAUACGUCAAGGGGAACCAACUGUAGUACAAAGUAAAAGCGGACUUUGAGCUUUUUUUCUUUCUUCUAUUCUUUUGGAGAUGAGAAGCUUUAACGAGAACGGGGUCUAGGAAUUGAGUGAGGUGUAUGGACCAUAGCCUCACGGGACACAAUUCCGGCAUUGUACAAGUUAUAGCGAGCCUUAUUCUCUAGACGUCCGAUUACCAGUUUCAGAAGACCCGUUAUGAGACUCGAAGUGACAAUUGCUUCGAGAGAUCAAGCAUUGGAGGAAGGUUCGUUGCCUUGGUCCCAAGUGUUAUAGCACUACCUAGACCCAAGCCUCAGCGAAUGCUGCGAAUGACUAGUUUCUUCGUUCCUGUCAGGAAAGGGCCACUAGCCACUCAACGUCAGACUUGAUAUGCAAGAAUUGACUUACGAAUCGUCAUGUUCCUGUACAGAAUCUCCAAGGGAACCAGGCUGGUAGGUCGAACUUACCCAAAAACCCCAUGCACCAACACCGCGUACGUCAUUGCACACAAUACGGAGUUUGGGAGACAGAGGAAUCCCGAAGUAGUCGCCUAAAAACUCCGUAGGGAUAUAUUUCCUGAGAUCGGCAAAAGCAGAAAGUUAUUGUGAAGGACUAUAGUGCUAAUUUCGUUUAUAUUGACCCGUACCGAGUGAAGCAUGACUGGCUGAGUGCACUGGCCCAAACUCUCUUCUCGUCAACGCAGAUCCUCCAGCGGGUUCGCAGCACGGAGUAGGCGGACUACGCAGCUGUCCGUUACCGAUUUGCCUGACUCGAAGGCAUAUUAAGUGCCCGUGGGAUAGUUCGUAUUUUGAAUUCCUUACUCAUUAACGGGGAUAAAGUCUGAUGGACUGAUAUAAACAUGAGGUUGAAGUCCCUGAGUAGGUGAAUUGGCCAGAGUCCUUCUCGUCAUACUUUGCCACCAAUUACCCACGAUCCUUUCGGUAUACAACUCUCUAAACAUGCGUGCCACACUUGUUUUCGCGGCUGCGUCCUUCGCGACCGGUGCUAUCGCAGCUAGGUCCAUGGGCUACUGCCAAAACUUGGCAGGCGACGGCGGGGACAUCGGAAAGACGAGGUUCUGCUGCGACUCGCAGUUCGACUUCCGCUUUUCCGAGUCUGGCAUAUGUAACAUCCCUGCGGACUCCUGCGGUGGCAUCAGCACGUGCUGCGGGACUGGUUUCUACGUCUUCAACACUUGUCCCGACACGUUUCCUUGUGCGAACAGCGCGGUGGACAAGGUUUGUCCCAAGAAUCAGUCGUGAUCCAUGGUAAUGGGCUAGCGGGACUGAAGAUGAAUAUGCUUCAUAUUGGCCAUGCUACGUUGUCAUGACGCGCAGCUCGUUCGUGAUGUCGUGACGACCGAUCAGUUCAGCCUAUGACGGCUCACCAAGGAGCAUGUGGUGCAGCUUCUGAAAGAACAUAUCAAUAGCACGC